AUGCGAAAGUUGGAAUGGGAUGACAUGGGAGUGAAGGUUGAUGGUCGGCAGCUACACCAUUUGCGCUUUGCUGAUGACAUCGUACUGAUAACACCUAACAUGAGCCAAGCGGAACGAAUGCUAAUCGAAUUCGACGAAACAUGCGGAUGCAUCGGUUUUCAGGGCACUACAGGAAGACCGCCGACCCGAUGGUCAGAUUUCUUCACGAAGUCCUUUAAAGAAAAUUAUGAUGCUCUUCGUGUCCCAUGCGAAGGAAGGAACUACUGGGCUACUCUGGCACGCGAUCGGGACAAUGACAUUACUGGCGCCCGCUCGACCAUUUCGAAGACCAACGAGAAUCAAGGUGAUCAAGGUGAUUGCAGUACAACAAUCAAAUUCGCUGGUAUUUCCAAACAUCCUACAACAACUCCUCUUUAA